CUUCACAGGUAAACUGUACAUCCCUGAUCACAGGAGGAGAGAGGUGCGGACAGUCAGGGAACUAGUGAUCGGAUACACUGUGCAGGAUGCUACCUCUGCUUGUCCUCAGCCACCUAGCAGUGUUCAUCGCUGCAGCUGUAGCUGAAUGUGACCUCAGCAAAGCGGCCAUUGUCAAUGGCACCUACACAGUGAGUGAUGAAGGAAACACUGGCAGUGUGGUGACCUAUAAAUGCCCCAAGGGAAUGUACCCGUACCCCGACUUCUCACGUAGGUGCUUAUCAGGUGGCUACUGGGAGAAAGAAAAUAAAAAGGCGGAAUGCAAACCUAUUCAGUGUCCCAGACAAAUUGCAUUUGAUGGUGGAGACUACUACCCGCGGAAGAGAUUUUAUUAUGUGGGAGAUGUCCUGACCUUUGAGUGCUAUGGUGGAUUUAAAAUGUUUGGACCAGGAAAUCACACAUGUCAGGAGAAUGGAAAAUGGAGCGGGGAGCUUACUAUCUGUGAUGAUGAAGAGGGCUAUUGCCCAAAUCCAGGAAUCCCGUUUGGGGCCACAAAAGUAGGCUCGUCUUAUAAAAUUGAGAGCAAAGUGAAAUAUCAGUGCCAGAAUGGACUGGAGAUGUUUGGAUCUAGCGAGAGGAAAUGUAUGGAGGAAAAGUAUUGGUCAGGAGCUGAACCGUCCUGCAGGGACUAUUACACCUAUGACACCCCCAAGGAGGUGGCGGCCAGCUUCCAGUCUUCCCUUGCUGAAAACUUUGAAUCAGCUGACCCAGAUAAAGUGGAAGGGCAAACAGUCCGUAAGAUAGGAAUAACAAAAGGUGGCCUUAUAAACAUCUUCAUACUCAUGGAUGCCUCAAAAAGCGUGGGAGAGGAUAACUUUCAAAUUGCACAGGAGAUCAGCAAUAUAUUUAUAGACAAGAUUUCCAGCUAUGACAUUAAUCCUCAAUUCGCUGUCAUCUCUUACGCGUCAGCUCCAAGAAUCAUUGUCAGACUCUCGGAUGUGGACAGUGCAAAUGCUGCUAUAGUCAUGGAUAAAAUUGCAGAUUUCAAAUAUGCAGAACACGCCGAUAAACAAGGGACAAACACACGCGCAGCUCUGGCUGAGGUUCAUAAUAUGCUGUCUCUGCAAAAACUAAGAGAAGCAGAAAAAUUCAAGAACACCAGAAAUGUAAUUGUGCUUAUGACAGACGGAAAACACAAUAUGGGAGGGGACCCAACUGUGGAAAUCAGGAGGAUGAGAGACCUGUUGGAUAUCUCAUCUAAUCGAGAAGAAUUUUUGGAUAUUUACGUCUUUGGCCUGGGUGACGUAAGUCAUACAGAGGUCAAUGAUAUCGCAUCUAAGAAACCUGGUGAAAGACAUUCUUUCAGAAUGGAAAAUGUUGACGAUAUGAAGAAGGCCUUUACUGAUAUAAUAGAUGAGACACAAUCUUUCCACAUGUGUGGACUCUCCAAGGAGAAAGUACUACUGAGCACUGAUAAGGACUAUAUAGAGAAGUUUCCCUGGAUUGCUAAAGUUGUCAUCACUCGUCCAAAGAGCGAAGAGAAUUGUAAAGGUUCCAUUGUGAGCAAAAACUUUAUCCUGACGGCGGCUCACUGCUUCUAUAUAGAUGAAGAACUGCAUACUAUCAAUGUGGACAUUGGAGACAAAAAGCUUAAAGUAAAAAAUCUCUACCGGCACCCCAACUAUAAACCGGACAGCAAAAAGGACAAAAACGUUCCAAAGACUUUUGAUUAUGAUGUGGCCCUUCUGGAACUGACGGCACCACUUACGUUUUCUGCCGAAAUCAGACCCAUCUGUAUCCCAUGUACAAGUGGUACGUCCUGGGCAUUAAAACAACGGGGGAAAGAUGUGACUUGCAAAGACCAAAGAAGUACAUUACUUUCUAACGAACUGGUCCCAGCCUUGUUUAUUACUGAGGAAGAGGUGAGAAAACCGACGGAGAAGAAUGUUCAAAUAAAGCAAGGGACUAAGAGGGAAGCCUGCCUCGCAGAUACCAGUAAAAUUCCAGAUUUUGAGAAUGUGACCAACAUUAGAGAUGUUGUGACCGACAAUUUCUUUUGCACAGGGGGUAUAGACCCAGUAGUUGAUCCUCAAACAUGUAAAGGAGAUUCUGGAGGUCCUCUCAUUGUGCUUUACAGAAAACGUUAUAUCCAGGUGGGAAUUAUAAGCUGGGGGACCGUGAACAGUUGUGAGAAGUCUAGAAGGAAACGAGUUCCACCAUUGUCUUGGGAUCUUCAUAUUGAUGUAUUCCACAUGAUGAGCUGGAUCAAGGGAAUUGUGAAAGAUGAUCUCGAAUACCUGGAUUAAAUCUUCCAAAAUAAUCUUCCAAAAUUAAGAAAUAUAUUGUUAGGAAAACGGAAGAGCAUUUUGGGGUGUGACAGUACACUAUUUAAAGGGCAACUAUCACAGAUUGAAAUGUAAUAAAAGAUUAGUUGAGCGGUUUAAGUAAUUUUUUGGUAUUAGAACAAUUUAAAACUUGCUUCUAGAAACAGACAUAUUCACACAUUAAUAAAUGAGUCCCCAUACCCUCACUCAGCCGACUUCUGUUGUCCUGUCUCAGUGUCAAGUCCCAUUGGUCAGUUGGCAUCUUCCACAAUGGCUGGAGCUGGGCACAGCCCGGAGAGACAGGACAAUAUGCUAAGCAUACAGUCACCUCUUUUUAGUUUUUUCUUUUCUCAGACGCUGAAUUCCACAAAUGCCAAUAAGUGUUUUAGGAAAAAACAAAUUUCCCCUUCUUUUUUUUUUUUAAGAAUAAUGAUUGCAUUCAACAUAACAUUUUGUACAUAUUUUUAUUGAAAUAAAUAUUUGUCAAUUUA